CCGACAGGAUGUUUGCAUGACGGGGUUCCGAGCCUGCGUGUGGUGGGAGGCGCGUGAGAACAUGAACGGAACGUGGAGUCAUGGAGAAGCCGACAGACAGAAGAACAUGAUGACCAUCAUGUAACGGAGAGGACAGCAGCUGCACCGGUGAUGUUUACCGGCGAUUUGCGGUUAGACGACUUGCGUUGCGGUGCGUAAAGAGCGCGCGCGAGAGAGAGAAUCAUGAGCGUCGCGCUGAAGAGCUGGAGGGCCAAUGAAGGACCCAAACACUUGAUCAUGAUGGUUUGGGUUGCAGCGAAUGUCGUUCUGUUCUGGAGAACAUUCGUGUUGUACUACAGCGGAGCGCAGUAUUAUUAUCUACACGAGAUGCUGGGGCUGGGUCUGUGCAUCAGCCGAGCGUCGGCCUCCGUUCUGAACUUCAACUGCAGUCUGGUGCUGCUGCCCAUGUGCAGAUUAAUGCUUACCUUCCUGCGAGGAUCCCAGCGGGUAACCAGUAGACGUGUUCGUCGGCUGCUAGAUAAGAGUAAGACAUUCCAUGUGGCAUGUGGAGUCACUAUAUGCAUCUUCUCAGUGGUCCAUGUGUGCGCUCACCUCGUGAACAUGGUCAGUUUCUCUGUCAGAUAUUCGGAGGAUUUCCCCGCGCUCAAUGUCGCUCAGUAUCGAGGACAGGAUCCCAGAGUUCUCAUCGUAAGCACAGUUCCUGGAGUCACUGGCGUCCUGUUAGUGCUGGUGGUGUUUCUGAUGUUUACAGCGUCGUCUUACUCUAUUAGAGUCUCAAGCUACGAUAUAUUCUGGUACACUCACAACCUCUUCAUCGUCUUCUACAUUAUUCUGAUGGUCCAUGUAGCGGGAGGCACUUUAAAGUAUCAGUCAAACGUGGAGGCCCACCCACCUGGCUGCAUGCAUAAGAAUCUCAGUUCAGACUCAUGGACCAAUCACAGAGCAGCAGGAGAGAAGGGGGUGGAGUUUUCAGGUGGACCACAGACAGUUUGUCAAGAAGAGGCCCGCUUCCAACCCCAUUUCCCUCAGACGUGGCUGUGGGUCUCUGCUCCUCUCUGCCUGUACUGUGCCGAGCGCUUGUAUCGAUUCAUAAGAAGCAGCGCUGCUCCUGUUACCAUCGUUUCUGUCGUUAGCCAUCCCUGUGAUGUCAUAGAACUGCGCAUGCUGAAGAGCGGCUUUAAGCCCCGCCCUGGGCAGUACAUCCUGCUGAACUGUUCGAGUGUGUCGUCAUUUGAAAACCAUCCCUUCACUCUCACCACAUGUCCAACAGGGAAGAAUGAAACAUUUGGCAUUCAUCUCAGAGUGCUGGGAGACUGGACCUCGAGAUUUUCUCAGCUUCUGCUUCAACAGUCGAACAUCUCAGAGAUCCUUCCCAUGAUGCAGCAGAGGCGAUAUCCCACAGUCCAUGUGGAUGGUCCGUUUGGCAGUCCAUCUGAGGAGGUGUUUAAUUACGAGGUCAGCUUGUGCGUGGCGGGAGGGAUCGGAGUCACGCCGUUCGCGUGUGUUCUACAGGCUCUCUUUGAUGACUGGUGUCAGUAUAAGCUUAGGAGGCUGUAUUUCGUUUGGGUCUGCAGGGACCUUCAGUCCUUCUAUUGGUUUGCUGAUCUACUGUGUGGCCUUCACGAGAGGCUGUGGCGGGACAAUCGUCCAGACUAUCUGAAUGUCCAGCUCUACCUCAGUAACACUCAGGAAUUACAGAGCAUCGGCGAGGAACGUUACCGUUUUCUGAGCUCCAGGCUUCGGAUUGGUCGGCCAAAGUGGAAGCUCCUUUUCCAGGAAAUAGGGAGAGCCAAUCAGCUUAAGAGAGUGGGGGUUUUCUGCUGUGGACCCAAAGGGAUCUCGAAAGCGUUACACACCCUGUGCAAUUCAAACCCACACUCAGGAACUGCCUUCGAGUUCAACAAAGAGUCCUUCAGCUGAGGGAUCACAAACAGACCAAUCGAUUAAUGCCAAAAAUGCCACUCUGUCACUGAGGAAUGAGGACAAAUGUAGAUUCAUCCUUGUCUAAACACGAAUCCUCGGACAACGAAAGCCGGUAAACAGUGUAACGAGGGAAAACUUGCACAGUUGCGCUUUUAUUCAGGGAAUAUUUGUGAUUCUGCAUGUGGAGUUUGUCUACAUGAACCCUUGAUAGACCCUAAAAAAACUCUUCUUCCCAUAUAAAAUGGGUUAAAAAGGACUAGAUCACCCAAAGAUGAACAUUCUGACAUCAUUUACUCACCCUCAUGUUUUAUUGCCUAUUACUAGUAUGUUUUGGUGCAUUUUAUACGUUUACACACACAAACCAUAAAGUAUACAUUCUCGUUUAUUUUAAAUAUUUAUUUCUUUUGUAUUUUGUACAGUUUUUUGGCAUUUGUAUUAUUGUUCAUAUUUUUUAAGACUUUUUGCUCAUGAAAGUGAAAUGAACUGCACUGUUAUUGUAAUACCACUGCCAAAGAAUCCAUUUAAUCACUGAUAAUGAUAUUAUGUAUGUGUAUUACAUAUAAAGAUACAGUACGUAAGUGUCACAGUGAUGAUACAAGCACCAUAAGUAUCAUUGGAUGACUAGAGAUCAGGACGAGACCUUAGUUGUGUUACUACACAGUGUAUACUGUGCACUAUUUAUUAAUUGGCAUAUGAAAUAGAAUGGAAUGAUAUGCAUUUAAAAAAAGUAGUCAUCUGACCUCACUGUUGCAUUUGCAAUCAUCUCAGAAAUUAAAAUUAUUCUUUUGCUGUUUAAAUCCAAUUGUUUUAAAAGCAAAAAACCUAAGGAUCUUAAAAUUUGUGGGAGAAAUUGCUUCGGGUUCAUUCAUUGCACUGGAAAUGAAAAGUGCAUUGCAGAAUUGCAUUAUAGGAGGCAGUAUUUCAGUCAGUAUAUUCUGCUUUUAUACUGCACAUUUUGACUAAUGUAGUUUGUACAUUGCCAUUAAAAAGUUUGGAUUUGUU